AUGUGUGCGCAUAUUCUCGUUACUGGCGGGGCUGGGUUCAUUGGCUCCCACCUAAGUCGCCGGCUUCUCGGCCGGGGCGACCGCGUGACGGUUCUCGACAAUUUCAACGAUUUCUAUGAUCCGCAGCUCAAGCGCCGCAAUAUCUCGGCCUUCUUAGACAAUGGCGACUAUCGCCUGGUCGAGGGAGAUAUCCGAGAUACGUCCCUGGUGGAUCAGCUAUUUGCCGACAGCGGCUUCGAUGGCGUGGUUCACCUGGCUGCAAGAGCCGGCGUCCGCCCCAGCCUGGAACAGCCGAUUCUCUAUGAGCAAGUCAACUGCAUCGGCACCCUGAACCUGCUGGAAGCGGCCCGGCGCCACGGCCCGGAAGUGUUCACUUUUGGCUCGUCUUCCUCGGUCUAUGGAAUCAACGAGAAAGUCCCCUUCUCGGAAGAGGACGAGGUCAACCUCCCUAUCAGUCCUUACGCCACCACCAAGAGAGCCGGAGAGCUGAUGUGUUUCAACUACCAUCACCUCUACGGCAUGCGCAUCUCCUGCUUGCGCUUUUUCACCGUCUACGGACCCGGUCAACGGCCGGAGAUGGCGAUUCACAAAUUCACCAAUUUGCUCGCCCAUGGCAAGACCAUCCCCAUGUUUGGAGAUGGCUCCAGCCGGCGCGACUACACUUUCAUCGACGACAUUAUCGAUGGAGUGGUGGCUGCUCUGGACCGGGCCCCCGGCUUCGAGAUCUUCAAUCUAGGAGGAGCAGAGACCACCUCCUUGGCGGAUCUGGUCAGCUGGUUGGCGGAGGAUCUGGGAGUGGAAGCUCAAAUCAAGCGCCACCCGGACCAACCCGGCGACGUCCCAAUCACCUAUGCGGAAGUCAGCAAAGCGGCCAGGCUGCUGGAUUACUCACCCAAGGUACCGAUUCGGGACGGCCUCCGGCGUUUCGUGAAAUGGUACCGCUCCAACGAGUCGCAAGCCUCGCUGCCGGGAGCUUCGCGACAGGGAAACUCUGAUUGA